AAGUAUGUGCAGGUCAGUGGUUAGUUAGCAUCUCCGUUAUACAGAGAAUAAAAGCCCUGAGAAAUCCAUGCAGACCUGUGCAGAUGCAAAAGCUCUUUAAGGUUCUCAAAGUGGAUCACUGGCCAUUUCUAAGGUGGAUCCUACAAUAUUUCCAUUAACAAAAUGGGAGAAGAGGCAAAGUCUGGUGUGAAACUUUCAAAUAUCUACAGCAGAAUUUUAUCUAUGGACCUUAGUUCACACUUCACUCUACCAGAAGGAGGCAGCAAAGUGUUCACCAGUGAGAAACACUGCACAGCUGUACUACAGGGUUUUAAUCAACUGCGAGCUGAAGAGUUACUCUGUGAUGUGACUCUGAUCCCAGGCAAUGGAAGCACAUCUUUCCCUGUUCACAGGUCAUUGAUGGCAUCAGCAAGUGAUUACUUCAAGGCAAUGUUCACAGCUGGAAUGAAAGAACAAGGUCUUACCUGUAUUAAACUUCAAGGAUUGAGUGAAGCAGGACUAAAGGGAAUAGUUGAAUUUAUUUACACAGGACAGUUGGCCUUGAACAUGGAUAACCUGCAGGAUAUACUGGAAGCAGCCAGCUUUCUUCAGAUUCUUCCAAUCUUAGAUUUCUGUAAAGAUCUUCUUACCUUUGAGGUUACUUUGGAAAACUGUGUAGAAAUUGGAAAUGUUGCUACUGCAUACUACCUCACAGAAGUGAAUAAGUAUAUUAAUGAGUAUAUUCUAAAGAAUUUUUCUGCUCUUUUAAAAAAUGGAGAAUACCUUAAGCUUCCUGCUGAUAGAUUUGCCUGCAUCUUAUCAAGUAACAAGCUAAAGAAUUGCUCGGAGAUGGAUCUCUUUAAUGCAGCCUGUGCCUGGCUUCAGCAAGAUAACUCACGAAAAAGCCAUACUUUUGAGUUGAUGAGUAACAUUCGCUUCCCACUGAUGUCUCCCCAAGAGCUCCUAGAGAUUACUCAAAAAGCUGAUUUUAUGCGAUCAGACACAGCAUGUGUCAAUAUGCUUCUGGAAGCAAGUAACUACCAAAUGUUACCCUAUAUGCAGCCAAUCCUUCAAAGUCCAAGGACAAAGAUACGCUCUGAUGCAACUCAUCUGGUCACACUUGGUGGAGUACUGCGACAACAGCUAGUUGUGAGCAAAGAGUUACGGAUUUAUGAUCAAACAUCCCAAAUGUGGAAAGCAUUGAUGCCUCUGGAUGUUCCGCGGUAUCAGCAUGGCAUAGCUGUAAUUGGCAAUUUUCUGUAUGUGGUUGGUGGGCAGAGCAAUUAUGACACUAAAGGUAAAACUGCAGUUGAUAGCGUGUUCCGUUAUGAUCCACAUUUUGAUAAAUGGAUGCAAAUGGCUUCCAUGAAAGAAAAGAGGACAUUUUUUCAUUUAAGUGCUCUGAAAGGCCGACUCUAUGCAGUUGGUGGCAGAAACAUGGUUGGUGAGAUAGAUACAGUGGAAUGUUAUAAUCCCUCCAAUAAUGACUGGACAUUUUCUGCCAAGCUGAGAGAACCCCAUUAUGGGCAUGCAGGAACAGUCCAUGGAGAUUACAUGUAUGUCUCAGGAGGAAUAACACAUGAUGCCUUUCAAAAGGAAUUGAUGUGCUAUGACCCAGAAAGUAACAAGUGGAGUAGAAAAGCUGAUAUGUCAACUGUCCGGGGCCUUCACUGCAUGUGUACCAUUGAGGAUCGCUUGUACGUCAUCGGAGGGAACCACUUCCAGGGUUGUAGUGACUAUGAUGAUGUCCUGAGCUGUGAAUAUUAUACACCAACAUUCGAUCAGUGGACUGCCAUAGCACCAAUGUGUCGUGGCCAAAGUGAUGUGGGUGUAGCAGUUUUUGAGAAAAAGAUUUAUAUAAUUGGAGGAUAUUCAUGGAAUAGCCGUUGCAUGGUAGAUAUUGUUCAAUGUUAUAACCCAGAGAAGGAUGAGUGGACCAAAGUUUUCCAGGUUCCAGAGCCACUUGGGGGCAUUCGAGCCUGUACAUUGACAAUACAUUUACCAGAGUGUUCAGUGGAAUCCCAGUUACAUGAGUCACCUCUUUCAACAGAUAAAUAAGAAAAAAAGCUUUAAUGUCUUUCUAUUAUGUAGAACAACGGGACAAUAAAAACUGUACAUGCCCAAAAAAUUCACAUCUGACUUCUGACACUGUAAGAGCACAGCACAUUUUAUUCUACAUUCUGAUGCUCUCCCUGCUUCAUAAUAUUUCCUUCACUAUGUAACCACCACUUCCUUUAUUCCCUUGCAUCAGCUCAGGAUAAUUUUUAAUGGCUGUUCAAGUAAUACUGCAUAUUCUUAAUAAAUAUCAUCUCUAUCUGAGUUGACAUUAACUUUAGCUCUAAAUCUACUUUCUUACAUUAACACCUCUAAACAUUUUUUUUUUGUAUUCUUUUGGUCCUAUUCCAGCUGUCUGCUAUCAGCCUUGACAUGUAACCACCUCCUCAGGCAUUAACUCCACCUUCUUGACACUUGUCCAACCUUCACAUCUAAACAGGGACCUUCAGCUUGAGAAGUCCUCAGUGCAAGCAGUCAAGGGAAGUGUGUGUGGAGGAGAUCAGGGAGUCCUGACAGUGUGAUCCUGAUAAUUGUAGAGCAGUUUUUGGUAUGCCCCACUCUGUGUCAUGUCCAGAUUAUCACUAGUCUAUGGCUGUAAACCCCGUCCAUGCAGCACAGCUGAGGUGGGAAACAUGCUGCUCUGUCUUUUCUUCCAGGGUGACUUUUCAGGUACUGGGUAUGUUAAUUGAAACUGGGUUAUCUGGGUCAUACUUAGGGCUCCAUAAGAGUUUUUCACCUCUCCCAGUUCUUAGUCCUGUCUGACAAAGAUAAAUCGUAAUAUGCAGUACUUAGUCCAAUGUCAGUCACAUUCGCUACCUCAUAUCACUUUAUCCUUAUUUUAAAUCCACUUGAUAUUGCAUACUAGAAGUCUCUUUCAUUAUUAUAUUUUAAGUAUGUUCUUUAUGGGUUGCUAGUUUCAUAUUAUUUUCUGUCUGAGUUGUUAAACCAUAACUUCCGUUAUAUUCUUUAAGUCUACUUAUUUUAUCACUUGCAUUUUUUUUAAUUACAUCUUUUCAGCUGGCUUUGCUCCAUAUUUUAACUGAAAUCAGUCUGUGACAAGUUAAUUUAGACAGUUAACAAAUGAAAUGAACAAAAUUAGAUAAAUAAACAUAUAUUUGUACUAUGAAAAAACAAUUUAUUCUUAGAGUAUGCAAGUAUGGAUAUUUCAGUAAAGCAAGGAUUAUAUGAAAAAAAAUGUUAACUUGGAAGUUAAAUGGACUCUAGAUUCUACCAAAAUGGUACAGCUCAGAAAAUUUGCAUGCUACUGUGCUUUAAAAUAUCUGCUGUGUAAGAUGUCAGUUCUCAUUACCAACUUUGUAUUUCUUAUUGUGUAAAGAACACACAGUGGUAACUAUUAAAAUCUGGAAACCAGCAAACGUUUAAGUAAGAUUU